UCGAAAUCGACAGGUUCUCCAAAAUUUUGAUUACAUGUUGCCUGGUGAAUAUAAACGAAUUACAUUACCAAUGCAGAACGAUUGAAGAAAUUAUUUUACCAUGUUAUGCGGGGAUCAUGGGACCCCCUACAAGGGUACUCAAUUUGUAGAUGAUAUUAAGGUCAACAUGAUCAACCUCAGUCCAACCAUUUUGGAGCAAGGAGUUGAUCGGUCUACUGGGAGAGAUAAGUACAAUAAACCAGGCAAGGGUUCCUAUACUAGAAAGAUGGCCUCUCCCCCUCAUUUUACUGAACUCAACGACUUGGCUGUGGAAAAGAAUGGUGGGAAGAUCCUUUUUGCAACAGAUGACUGGUUUGCAGUUGCUGAAAAUUUGAUCAAGAGUGCACCUGCUGAGUGGAAGCCUGAAGCAUUCACAGAGUUUGGAAAAUGGAUGGACGGCUGGGAGACAAGACGCAAGAGGAAACCUGGCCAUGAUUGGUGCAUCAUUCAGUUGGGUGUCCCUGGUACAAUUCAUGGUUUUAAUGUUGACACAUCAUACUUCACAGGAAAUUUUGUUCCAAAAAUAUCCAUCCAGGCUGCUAGUUUAGAUAAAAUGUUACCAGCAAGGACCAGUGCAAUGGGGACUAAAUGUUCCCCAGAAGAUCUGGAAAAUAUUGCAUCAUUCAAAUCUGAGGAUUGGACCGAAUUAGUGCCAAUGAGCAAGUUAGAACCGGGCUUUAAAGGGAGCUGCAAUAACUACUUCAGAGUAGACAAUCAACACAUCCAGAACCAGACACGCUGGACCCAUCUACGUAUUAAUAGUUUCCCAGAUGGUGGUAUUGCUAGACUGAGAGUGUAUGGUCAGGCCAACCCUGACUGGAGCAAGAUUUCACAAGAGAAGGAAAUGGACUUAUGUGCAAUGUUAAAUGGUGGUAUCUGUAUAGGGUAUAGUAAUGCCUUUUAUGGUCAUCCGAGACAGAUGAUUGGUCCAGGACAAGCAGCCUCAAUGGCCGAUGGCUGGGAAACAGCUAGACGGUUGGACCGCCCAUCCAUCUUGGAGGCUGAUAACAGAGGAAUUCUCCAAGUGCCAGGAUGUGAGUGGGCUGUAUUUAGACUUGGGCAUCCUGGCACCAUAGAAAAGAUUGAGGUUGAUACCACUCAUUUUAGAGGCAAUUAUCCAGACUCUUGUAAGAUAGAAGGAUGUCUUAGCAGUGAAGCUGAUGAAGAGAAACUAGUAUCUCAAUAUGACAAUGCCUCUGUAGCAUGGCAAGCUUUAAUGCCUGUACAAAAACUCAGCGCUCAUAAGAGACAUAUUUAUUCUGGAGAUGAACUCUACGAUGCUAUGCCAGUGAGCCAUGUUCGUAUUACAAUAGCCCCAGAUGGUGGACUCAGUAGGCUGAGACUGUGGGGACAUAAAGCAACUCGUUAUAACUUAGCAAAAUUAUAACAAACUGCUGUACCUCACUGAAUAUUAUGUUUCAAUUUCCUAUUGACUGCAUUUAUACAGCCUUAGCCCCAAUCAUCUUUGUUCACUCAGCUACUGAGUGUGCAGAGAUUAGUGCCUAUUGCAUUAUUGGCUUGCAUUUAGUUUUAGUCAUUAACUUAUUACAUAUUGGAGGUGUCCAUUCCUUAGUUCGUCUGUCUGGGCAAUAACUCAAA